AUGCACGAUGCUUUCGACUUUGAUCGCUAUCUGUGCGAAGCCCGCAACAACAAUCUCCUCCAGCAGAGUGGCAACGAGCCAGUCCCGGGACCUUCGGGGUCGAGUAUUCCGCGACAUCAGCAUUAUGCGGAGAGCAGGGAAGCGCAGAGUCUCCUGAAGCGAUCCGUCGAGCUUGGAAACUCGCCGCUCUCGACGAAGAAGUACGAAGCUAAUCAAUCUCAGCGGCUUAGACGACAAUCAUCUCAUCCGAUGAACGGUGACGGGUCUCGGACAUGCUAUCAGCAGGCCAUGCGCCUUGUCAAAGAAGAUGAAGACUUCCUCAUGGAGAGCUACUUCGAGAUCGGGGACUUCUAA